AUGUCGGACGUGAUGAACAAGUGUUUGAUCGAUCCAGCAGUGACUGGAACAAUAAAUGUAGUGAAUGCUGCAGUAGAAGCCAAGGUUGGCCGCUUGGUUUUGACAUCUUCAAUUGGAGCAGUUCACAUGAACCCCAACCCCAACAGGGACUUUGAAGUUGUGGAUGAGACAUGCUGGAGUGACCUUGAGUUUUGCAAGAACACUCAGAACUGGUACUGUUACGCAAAGACAGUAGGAGAGAAGGCUGCAUGGAAAGAGGCAACAGAUAAGGGUCUGGACCUGGUGGUUGUGAUUCCGUCAGUGGUUUUAGGUCCAUCACUUCAGCCCACUCUCAAUGCUAGUGCUAUUCACAUACUCAAAAUGGUUAAUGGGACUCAUAGAACCUACCUCAACACAGUACAAGGCUAA